ACAGUGGUCUGAAAAGCUCCUCCUACACAUGCAAACAGAUCCUGAGAAACGAAACUGAACUUGUGCUUCCCUGACAGAUCACUUUAACUCUCUCCUGCUGAGGACAUGAAAAAUGGCAACCUCCAGCAAGCCACGGAACCUUCACGAGUGCGGUUUGUGUCUUAUGAAAUCAAAGGAUGUCGUUACUAUUCCCUGUGGGCACAUCUACUGCAGGUCUUGCACUGACGGCUUAAUCGGUAAGUAUGAACGCACAGGCUCGUACAACUGCCCACAAUGUUUACAGACUUUCUCCACUAAGCCUGAUCAGGAUGGAUCAGUGGACAAAGUUGUGGGCAAACUCAAGGAGAUAAAUCUCCCCAGUGAAACCUCAGCAGACACAUCCUCUUCCAGUUUGACAAGGCCUGACCAGGAUAGCCUAGUGGACAAACUCGAAAAGACAGCUCUCCAUACACAAUCCACAACAGACACUAUUACCAGACCUGAGGGUGUGGCUUGUGACACAUGCACUGACAGCAGACAGAAAGCUGUUAAGUCCUGCCUGGUGUGUCUGGCCUCGUACUGUGACACACACCUCCGACUACACAACAACGUCCACGCGAGGGCUGCACACACACUGGUGAAUGCUACUGAUCAGGUGCGGGCCAUGAUAUGUUCUGUACACGGUAAACUCCUGGAGAUUUACUGCUGUAAAGAGAAACGACGCAUCUGUUGCUUAUGCAUGCUGGAGGAUCACAAAGGGCACGACAUGGUGGCAGCAGGACAGGCAGAAAAGAAGGAGUUAAGAAAGUCCAAGCAGAUGAUCACAGAGCAAGAGAAGCAGCUAAAAGAGCUUCACUUGGCUAAAAACACUCUCAGGGACAUUGCAGCAGCUACGGAGGAGGAGAGCGAGCGGCUUUUCACCGAGCUGAUCCACUCUAUAACGUACAGCCAGGCUGUGAUGAAGGUCCUGAUCCAGUCUCAGGAGCAAGCAGAACGGGAACGAAUCAAGGAGCUGAUGAAGCAGGUGGAGGAUGAUAUAAGUGAGCUGAAGAAAAGCGAUGCUGAGAUGGAACAGCUCUUGAGUACUCAGAAUGACAUCCAAUUCCUGCAGUCAGGUCAGGCCCUCAGUCUCACUUCCGCAAAUGUCUUAAAGAUGACCAUUAAUCCUCAGUUCUCUUUCGGCGAGGUGGUGAAAUCCAUCUCUGCACUCAAGAAGCAGGUAGAAGACGUCUGGGAGCGUGAAAUGGAUCAAAUCUCAGCAGCAGUGAAAAAAGACAAAAUCGUAGUUCCUGCUGAACCGAAGACAAGAAAGGACUUCCUGCAAUAUCUGGUCCCACUAUCUCUGGACCCUGACACAGCCCACAGGAGCCUGAGCAUGUGUGAAGAGAAGCAAGUGACUUGUAGCACCAAGUGCGAGCCCUGUCCUGACCACCCUGAACGCUUUGACUGGUGGGCUCAGGUUCUGUGCCGAGAGCCUCUGAACACAUGCUGCUACUGGGAGGCUGAGUGGACGGGUUUACACGGAGUGGACAUUGCAGUCUCAUACAGAGACAUCAGCCGGAAGGGAGAUGAUGAUGAAUGCAGCUUUGGGUACAACAAACAGAGCUGGAGUUUGGACUGUGCAAUACUGAAAUAUACUUUCACGCAUGAUAAUAAGGAAACGGAAAUCUCAGCACCUGUAUCCCACAGGAUAGGGGUGUAUCUCGACUACAAGGCCGGAGUUCUGUCCUUCUACAGUGUCUCGGACUGUAUGACACUCCUCCACAGAGCAGAGACGAGGUUCACACAACCUUUAUAUGCUGGGUUUGGGUUGUAUCAGGGAUCCACAGUGAAGAUAUGCCAGCCAGACGUCAAACAAAUAGAUACCCAAAGUGUCAACAGCAGUACAACUGUGAAUGAAAUGAGCCCAUGAAAAAAAAAAAAAAAAUGAUGGGCUCCCCAUGGGGGCUGGUGUUUAACAUAUUGACCUGUUGUCAGGGGAUCAAUAGUUACAAGCCACCCAUAGAAAGGAUAAAUGGACUUGUUCUUCAUAAGUAAUGGUGUUUUUUUUUUUGUCAAUCAGAGCAAUGCUAGCCAGCCUCAGGGCUUUGUUGGGCUCACUUAUUCCCCUUUUCAACCAAGGCAGUUCCAAGGCCAGUUGAGAGUCCAUGCUUAAUUUUGAAUCAGUUCAUGUUUCAACAGCCAAAGAACUGGCUUUCAGCCAGGAAACGUGGUUAUAAAGCAGCACCAAAUCUUUACUGGUCCAGAACCAUGAACCACUUGCAUCAGGUGCUUGGGACAGAAUUAUCAUGAUUGCCAUUUAAAAAACAAAACAAAACAAAACUAUGUAGUUCACCAUUGUUGUUGUGUUUGGUGUUGGCAGUGCUAGUGGCUGAAAAAGCAGAGACGUAAUUACCAUGGAUCCAUGGUGGCUCUCUAGGCCAUGGAAAAGCAAACCAUUCUCAAAAUGUUCUCAAGUUGAACCAGCACCUGGUUCGUUUUGGUGAAAAAGGGUUAGUGUUUCAUCCAAGCGUGUUCAGUAUGUUGGCUUUAACAAGUAUGUGCUGGCCUUUGCACACUACGAGCGAUUGUUCUCAUGCAAUGGCAGAAACCAAUUAUGUGAAAAUAAAAAAAAUGGUGGAAAAUAAUAA